GAGGAGGGUCGAUCCGGCUGCACAGCUCCUCCUUGUGUGUCUGCGAUGGCAUCGAGCCUUCUGCGUGUGGUGGCUACUAGCUGCUCUGCUCCACUGUUCAGUGGGGUGGCCUGUGUUCGGCUGCAUGCUAGUACCCGGUCAGUAAAGACGCCAUGCCUGCGCUUCUUCAGGACUCAGCAAGCUCUCAACCGCUGUGCCAGCCCAGGUAACUAGCAUAACUACUCUCCCUCCGACAGGUACACAGCUUGAGCACAACCGCAAUCACAAUGCACAUACACACCAACGUAAAACAUAGGGUUGCCUUGUCUUAUGCUUAGUCUCGUUGAUAAAAUAUGUUAUCCAUAGGUUUUGUACAAACAUGUAGCCUAUCAUCCACAGUCACCUGCUUACUCAGACAAUGCAUGUCUUGGUAGUUGUCCGGAGAGGACGCGUGGCAGGGGCAAUUUCAAUAACUUUUGCCACCUCAUCUUUUUUUGCCUUUGUUGCAACCAACCAACGUGAUAUUAUAGAUACUACAGUGUACAGCCACAGGUCUUCCUCUUCCCACCCUGUUCUCUCUUGGCUGUGUGCAGCCACCAAUACCUGCAACUAGAGUUAGAAAUUAAUGAGGUGUGUGUCUGUAUGUGUGUCUAGCCAGAAUCAGCUGGCUGUUUGCAUGUUCCAGCUAGGGCUGGGCGAUAUGGCCAAAAUAUCAUAUCACAGUAUUUUACAAAUUUGGGGCAGUAUUUUAUGUUUUUGAAUAAUAAAAGUUUUGCUAAAUUUGCUUUAUGAGUAGUGUGUGACCCUACAGUGGCAACACAUACAUUCUUAGUGAUUUCAAUGGGUCUUUCUCCAUUAUGAUUGUUUUAUACUGUUCAAUUCAACUUCAACCUAAAAUAAUUUCCUGCAUUUCCAUCAAUUUCUGCAUUUCCUGCACUUAUUUGAGAUAAUUUCCACACUGCCACGUAGGGCUGCACAAUAUGGGCAAAAAAACUAGGCCUUAUUUUUAACCAAAUGUUGCAAUUGCGAUUUGACUUGCUAUUUAGAUCAAAACACUUGGGUGAACAGUUGGAAUCUUGGAAAUAGACUGUUUAUUCUAAUUCUAUAGUUAGAAUAUACAUAAUAGUGGGGACUUUGAAUACACUGUUGUUUGACAUGACAACGAAUGAAAAUGCCAGGGAGGAGUUAUUGUGACAGGGUAGGAACCAAAGUGAUGGUCAGUGUUUUCCUAGGGGACCCUAUAAUCUUUGGCUACAUUCAAUGUUUCUACAUGUAGCCAACACAUUCAUGCUUCACCUAUUCCUCUUUGAUUUGGAAGAUACUGUUGCACAAACAACAUGCUGAUUUAGGCCUACACCAGCACUGGUAUCAGGCUGUAUUAGCUAGCUACAUUUGCUCCGACUCAGUACAUUUAUUAGCUAGCUCGCUAACUAGCGAUUAGCCUUAGCGGCUAACACGAUUUAGCAAAAACGGCUAAAAAAAUACUAACUUUUUGCAGAUGUAAGAAACACAAAAUAAUAGUGUAAUUAUAGAACGCUUGUGGAUUUAUAUUAAGAAGCAAAGUGGAAACAACGUCGUUAUCAUCAACAUUGUUGCAUGUGCUGCAUUGACCAUGCAGACUGAAUGCAAGUGUCUCCUGGUAAAGCAAUAACAAUGUGCUCCUUGAGUGACAUGGGGCGAGGCAGGGUUUCCAGGUCUUACAAAAAUAUUGAGACCAAUGAACACUCAAAACCCACCUAAAAGGCAUGAAAACUAGCACAAUUUUGUUUUCCCUCAGCAAGAGAGUAGUUGCCACAUUUACACAAUAAACCCUUUUUCCAUAACGUUAUCGAGCCAAUUAAGAAGGAAUAUCACUAACUUUUAGCGACGUUAUAAUCAAAAUUUGGUUAUGAUGUGACAUAAUAAAGGAAUUUGAAUAUGUCUCAAGAUAAAAUAUUAUUUGCCCUUUUUAAACUCACCAGAUCAUUUUCCAUUAAUGGAUGUCGAUUUAACUCAUUUGAGUGCUGUGCUUAAGCAAUAAGGCACGAGGGCGUAUGGUAUAUGGCCAAUAUACCAGGGCUAAGUGUUGUUCUUAAGCAUGAUGCAAAGCGGAGUGCCUGGAUACAGCUGUUAGACAUGGUAUAUUGGCCAUAUACCACAAACCCCUGUGGUGCCUUAUUGCUAUUAUAAACUGGUUACCAUUGUAAUUUGAACAGUAAAAGUAAUUUUUUGUCAUACCUUUCUUUCAGGGCUCGUACCCGGUUUAUAAUUGUAGAAAAUUCCCUUUUGUGCAUGUGCAUAACUAGAUAAAUCCGACAGGAGCGUUUGACUGAUGAAAGUUGGACAGAGGAUCUCGAAAUCUCUGAGCAAGAAACACUUGGACGAAUUAACAAAAACGAAUGUUAGGCUAUUUUCUGGCAAUUGUGCCAUUUUAUGUGGCAGAUGUUAAGACUACAAACUGUUAUAAAUGUCAAUUUGCAAGAUUGACUUGUCAUUUCUAUAGGCACAGACUACAGACAAAAAAAUCAACUUUGCCAUGGUUUGCUUAGCUAUACUGAACAAAAAUAUAAACACAAGUUACAGUUCAUAUAAGGAAAUCAGUCAAUUGAAAUAAAUAAAUUAGGCCCUAAUCUAUGGAUUUCACAUGACUGGGCAGGGGCGCAGCCAUGGGUGGGCCUGGGAGGGCAUAGGCCCACCCACUGGGGAGCCAGGCCCAGCCAAUCAGAAUACAUUUUUCCCCACAAAAGGGCUUUAUUACAGACAGAAAUACUCCUACAUUUCAUCAGCUGUCUGGGUGGCUGGUCUCAGACGAUGUUGUGUUUAUAUUUUUGUUCAGUGUAGGUAGCCUAUAGCCCAUGAUAGGCCUACAUUUAAUUUCAGAUAGCCUACAGGAGCCUAGGCAAGAUGUAGGCGAGAUGUAAACUGAACGAUUUAGCAGCUUGCUUAGUUCAAAUUGACAGACUAAUUGAUUCAACAAGAAUAGUGAGGUGAUUUCGAGAUAAGAAGUGCUUGUUUCCCAAUAGCCUGCUGGAAUGGGCUUCUGAGGAUGGGGUCGUAAUUUCAAUCACUAAAUUAAAUAUUAAUCAUUUGUAUAUGAACUGAAUAUGCUUGUCAACAACAGCCAAAGUUUUUAAAAAUAUAUUUAACCUGUAGCCUAAUCUGACUGACUGUUAACGUUGAUCUAAUGCGUUCUAACAACUGAUCGGCAGUUGCGAUAGAGCUUUGAUAACUUCCAAUUUAGUUAACUAAACGUGACCUUUAAUAAUUGCAUAAUAACACAAGGCUACAACAACAUAAACUGAAGUUAUAGGCUAUUUAUUAAAUCAGUUUGCCAGCUCCAGGUAGGCUACACAAGUGGCACAAAUUGAUUUGCAAUGACUCCAGUGAUAUUGUCAUUUCAACAUAUUUAUUGUAUCAAAUGGUAGAUUACAAUGGCAUAAAUACUGAACAAAAAUAUAAACGCAACAAUUUCAACGAUUUUACUGAGUUACAGUUCAUAUAAGGAAAUCAGUCAAUAGAAAUAAAUAAAUUAGGCCCUAAACUAUGGAUUUCACAUGAAUCGGCAUUGGCGCAGCCUGGGAUGAGGGAUAGGCCUACCCACUUGGGAGCCAGGCCCACCCAUUGGGGAGCCAGGCCCAGCCAACCAGAUGAGGGAGGAGGAUUUCUUUCUUUUUUUAUGAGCAUGGCCUUGUUUCUAUUACAGGAUAUUGGAUGACUGUCAUUCAUAUUCCAUUCACCCAGCUCAAUGUAACAUCGAUAGGUUUAGGCUACUACAUGAUACUCAAAUUUUGAGGUUGCUACAACCUAGCCUAUGAAUGAAAGUUUAUAACUAAAAUGUUAAUCUAGAGAAUUUUGAGUAAUCACAUUCAAUACCGCCUUGUACACUCUUGCCUGCAUCUAGCUGAUCUAGGGUGUAAUCAUUAGUCUGUCACACCCUGGCUCUGGGACCCUAUAUGUUGAGCCAGGGUGUGUUCAUUCUGUGGUGUUCAUUCUAGUUUGUUGUAUUCUAUGUUUGCCUGAGUGACUCCCAAUCAGAGGCAAUGAGUGUCAGCUGUUGGCUGGUUGUCUCUGAUUGGGAGCCAUAUUUAAACUGUCUGUGUUCCCUUUGUGUUUGUGGGUUUUUGUUCCGUGUUCGGUCAUUGAUACCGUUGGACGUCACGAGUCGUUUCUUGUUUUGUAUUGUGUUUAAACUUUAACUAAUUAAAGUAUGUUUGUUCAUCACGCUGCGCCUUGGUCUGUUCCAUAUGACGAUCGUGACAUAGUCCAACAGUUGCAAAUGAGAGUUUCUGUUGGACAAAUUCCAUUUCGUUCCGUUUGCUUUUGUUUAAGAAAGGUUUUUCAACAGAAUCGGUGGAAUGAAUACACCCCUGAUCUCACACACACACACACACAUUUCACUUUCAUAGCAGCCAUAUAAAAACAGCAUGAUCACUUUGCUCGUUGUGUAUAUAUAAUUAUUUCUAGCAACUAUCUAUGCGCUCUCCUCCUCUCUGCUUUUCUCUUUGCUUGUUGAUUUCAGUGCACAAUACAUCAGCUGUCUGUGACCAGGUGUCACACCCUGGCUCUGGGACUCAUUAUGUUGAGCCAGGGUGUGUUCAUUUCUAUGUGUGUAUUUCUAUGUUGGUGUUCAUUCUAGUUUGUUGUAUUCUAUGUUUGCCUGAGUGACUCCCAAUCAGAGGCAACGAGUGUCAGCUGUUGGCUGGUUGUCUCUGAUUGGGAGCCAUAUUUAAACUGUAUGUUUUCCCUUUGUGGUUGUGGGUUUUUGUUCCGUGUUCGGUCAUUGAUACCGUGGACGUCACGAGUCGUGUUUUGUUUUGUAUUUUGACGCUUUAACUAUUAAAGUCAUGUUUGUUCAUCACGCUGCGCCUUGGUCUACUCCUUACCUCGACCUUGACAGAAAAACCCACCAUGCAACGACCAAGCAGCGUGUCCAGGGGCAGCCCUUGGGGUGGACAUGGGAGGAAGCGCCGGGAAAGGCCCUGGCGAAAGAGGAGCAGCGUGUCCAGGAGCAGGCAGCCUGGACAUGGGAGGAGAUAUUGGACGGUAAAGGGUCCUGGACUUGGGGGGAAAUCCUGGCCGGGAUGGAUCGCCGGCCAUGGAGUGAGACAGUGGAGAGGCGACGGAGAGAGGAGCAACGGCGUGAUCAGGGUCGUCGUCGGACGGUCGUGAGGCAACCCCAGAAAUUUUUUAGGGGGGGGCACACGGCAUGGACGACGGGGCUGACGGAGGAGAAAAGGGGGCGGAUCCAGAAGGCCACCAGACCAGGGGUUCACCGCCCUGUACGUCCUGUGCGGAUGCCUCACACAGAGUGUGUGAGGGUAGGAAUUCAGCCAGGACGGGUGGUGGCCGCUCUUCACUCCAGGCCUCCUAUCCGUCUCCACAGCCCGGUUCGGCCUGUCCCUGCUCCACGCACCAAGCCUACGGUGUGCGUCGCCAGCCCAGCCCGGCCUGUCCCUGCUCCACGCACCAAGCCUACGGUGUGCGUCGCCAGCCCAGUCCGGCCUGUCCCUGCUCCACGCACCAAGCCUACGGUGUGCGUCGACAGCCCAGCCCGGCCUGUUCCUGCUCCACGCACCAAGCCUACGGUGUGCGUCGCCAGCCCAGUCCGGCCUGUCCCUGCUCCACGCACCAAGCCUACGGUGUGCGUCGCCAGCCCAGUCCGGCCUGUCCCUGCUCCACGCACCAAGCCUACGGUGUGCGUCGACAGCCCAGCCCGGCCUGUUCCUGCUCCACGCACCAAGCCUACGGUGUGCGUCGCCAGCCCAGUCCGGCCUGUCCCUUUUCCACGCACCAAGCCUACGGUGUGCGUCGCCAGCCCAGUCCGGCCUGUCCCUGCUCCACGCACCAAGCCUACGGUGUGCGUCGCCAGCCCAGUCCGGCCUGUCCCUGCUCCACGCACCAAGCCUACGGUGUGCGUCGCCAGCCCAGUCCGGCCUGUCCCUGCUCCACGCACCAAGCCUACGGUGUGCGUCGCCAGCCCGGUCCGGCCUGUUCCUGCCACCCGCACCAAGUCUACGGUGCGCGUCGCCAGCCCGACCCGGCCUGUUCCUGCCACCCGCACCAAACCUACGGUGCGCGUCGCCAGCCCGGUCCGGCCUGUUCCUGCCACUCGCACUAAGCCAGGGGUGCGAGAAGUCAGCCUGGUAAGGCCCGUUCCUUCUCCACGCACCAAGCCAGGGGUGCGAGUCGUCAGCCUGGUAAGGCCCGUUCCUCCUCCACGCAUCAAGCCAGGGGUGCGCGUCGUCAGCCUGGUAAGGCCCGUUCCUCCUCCACGCACCAAGCCAGGGGUGCGAGUCGACAGCCUGGUAAGGAUCGCUCCUGUUAAGUCCAGUCCUGCUCCAGCCGGCGGGGCCAGACUGGACCAGGGGUACUAUGGGGGGUGUAUUGGAGGGUGGUGGUCAAGGCCGGAGCCAGAACCGCCGCCGAGGAGGUAUGCCCGCCCAGCCCUCCCCUGGUUUGUUUAGUUGAGGCGCGGUCGCAGUCCGCGCCUUUAGGGGGGGGUACUGUCACACCCUGGCUCUGGGACUCAUUAUGUUGAGCCAGGGUGUGUUCAUUUCUAUGUGUGUAUUUCUAUGUUGGUGUUCAUUCUAGUUUGUUGUAUUCUAUGUUUGCCUGAGUGACUCCCAAUCAGAGGCAACGAGUGUCAGCAGUUGGCUGGUUGUCUCUGAUUGGGAGCCAUAUUUAAACUGUAUGUUUUCCCUUUGUGGUUGUGGGUUUUUGUUCCGUGUUCAGUCAUUGAUACCGUGGACGUCACGAGUCGUGUUUUGUUUUGUAUUUUGACGCUUUAACUAAUUAAAGUCAUGUUUGUUCAUCACGCUGCGCCUUGGUCUACUCCUUACCUCGACCUUGACACCAGGCGAAAAAACCUUUCCAAGCCAAACCUUCAUAUCAUGACUGCUAACCGCUACACACAGCCUACAUCAUUGACACCUCAUCGUCAACAUAACUACUAGAACUAACGCGUUAGUAAACCCACUACAAUCAUGCAGUACAGUGUAGUCAGAAAGCAGUUUGGCAGUUACACCGGCAGGCCCCGGUGGCAAUAAAUUAAUAAAACCAAAAACGUACCUUAACUUGGAAGAGUUCCGGUGUUGGACAGCAAUAGCCAGCUAGCUAACAUAGCAUCCCUCUCUGUUUAAAUAGGCUAAACUAGUUAGCUGCAUUCAGCUAGCUAAGUGAAAGUUAAAGUUAAAUUUUAAAAAAUUCAACCAAAUCUAGUUAGCCAGCUCUCUCUCUCGCUCGCUUCUCCUUAAUUUUGGAAGAAAUUAAUUUGUUCAAAACUGUUCAACUAUUGUUUUUCUCUCUCACCACGUUGUUAUGCACUGCAGUGCUAGCUAGCUGUAGCUUAUGCUUUCAGUACUAGAUUCAUUUUCUGAUCCUUUGAUUGGAUGGACAAGAUGUCAGUUCAUGCUGUAAGAGCUCUGAUAUGUUGGAGGACGUCCUCCGGAAGUUGUCAUAAUUACUGUGGAAGUCUGUGGAAGGGACCUUCAUUGCAAAACAGUGUGUUUUAAUCAAUUAUUUGGUGAUGUGAAUAUAUUUAGUAUAUGAAAUUCACUGAGGAGGAUGGUCCUCUCCUUCCUCUUCUGAGGAGCCUCCACUGCGGUAUAUAGUAAAAUAUGGUAUACCGCCCAGCCCUAGUUCCAGCUUGUGUGCAUUUCUUAGUGAUCCUGUAUGGGUGAGUUUGUGUGCCUGCGUGUGAUCCUGUAUGGGUGAGUUUGUGUGCCUGCGUGUGAUUCUGUAUGGGUGAGUUUGUGUGCCUGCGUGUGAUCCUGUAUGGGUGAGUUUGUGUGCCUGCGUGUGAUCCUGUAUGGGUGAGUUUGUGUGCCUGCGUGUGAUCCUGUAUGGGUGAAUUUGUGUGCCUGCGUGUGAUCCUGUAUGGGUGAGUUUGUGUGCCUGCGUGUGAUCCUGUAUGGGUGAGUUUGUGUGCCUGCGUGUGAUCCUGUAUGGGUGAGUUUGUGUGCCUGCGUGUGAUCCUGUAUGGGUGAGUUUGUGUGCCUGCGUGUGAUCCUGUAUGGGUGAGUUUGUGUGCCUGCGUGUGAUUCUGUAUGUAUGUGUGAUUAUGUACUGAUGUGUUGGUAUAGUGCUGUGGUUGUAGCUGGACUAUGCAAUUCUUUUUGAGACAGGCCUGUCAUGGUUGACAUUCUUGGCGCUGUGACAGCUGGCAGAUGCUUUUCCUGGCAGAGUAUCAACUGAAGGGGCCAGGGUGUAGCAGCAAUCGAGAAGACACGUCUGCUAAACACUGUUCUUUACAUCACUGUCUCCAUAACUGUCUCUUUCACCUAUUGGUGAACCACAUCAGCCUAAUGUAUCUGUCUCAUUAGCGGCUUCAUUUAAAAGUUGUUUUUAACCAGUAGCAGCACUGCUUAUAUCUGAUAUAUCUGAUACUUCAAUGCUCCAAGUCAAGGUAUGAAUAUGUGCACAUUAUCUAUACUGGAAUGCACACUAGUGCCAGCAAAUCAUAAUUUGCUUUCAGAAGAACAAUUAGAGCUAAAACUUCUGUUCUUGGGGUCAGUCUUGUGGUUCACUCUGCUCUGGGUCAGUAUAGGUUGGUGGCAGCCAGACAUUCCAAUGCUGUUUAUCUAUAGACCAAGAGUGGAAAUUUCCAUAGGGGGCAUGUGAUCUUUCUCACAAUGAAGGCAGAAGACACACAGUCACAGAUUCACACCUCUCCACUCCAGUCUUAUGGUGUUAUUGAACAGGCUGUAAACUCACUCUUGGUGGUAACGUCUUGGUAGAAUUGACAAAUUGUAGCCUACAAAAAGGUGAAAAUGUGUUUUUGACCAGUGCCCAAUGAAGAGGGUGGAGGGUGCGACGUUUUAGCAAAGUGUGUUUAUUCAGAAAACGCCCCUUGUCCCCGAGUCGAGUGGUUUAUUGCACACAAAGGUCUCCAAAGUAGUGUAAAAUGUCCCUCUGGUUAGCAGCGAUUGUUGUAAACUACUGUGCAUCAUAUAUCCUACCCCACUAAAUUCCACCUCAUUCAUGAGUGUUGAGAGCAGAGUAACUAAUAGGGCUGGGAAUUGCCAGGGACCUCACGAUACGAUAUUAUCACAAUACUUAGGUGCCGAUACGAUAUGUAUUAAGAUUCUCACAAUUCUAUAUGUAUUGCGAUUCGAUACUGUGAUUUUAUUGCUAUUCGAUGUACCAAACAUUGCUCACCAUAUGUCUGCAACUAGCGCAAAAAUAAUAUUGCGAUGUUGUGAAAACUAUAUGUUAUGAUGAGUUUCUAGGGUAUCAAGUGAUUACGUAUGUAAGGAUGUACUUAGACACUUUUGAUGGGGAGUUCAUAUAAUAUAUUUAAUAUGGUACCAUGGUUAGUUAUAACAGACAAAGGACAUGGCCCUGCCUCUGCCAUCUUCCAACUCCAGAACAAAGAUCCACUCUCUCUAUAUAUACACUAUGUUACAAGUUUCUUCACGAACAUCUGGUAAACCUCCAUGGGCACGCCCUUUCUUUAAUGUUAUUACCCUUUACCCCUGUCACUAUAUCCUGUCCAUCAAUUAUUCUAAGAUCAACCUCAGUAAUCUCCUUUGACAAAAUGGAAUGUAGACUCUGUGGCACCAAGCCACUUAUCUACCAACUCUCCCGUCUCACACAACGCUAUGCAAUGACAUCAUUACACUAUACAAUACGAUAUAUCGUCAAAGAUAAUAUCCCAAUAUGUAACUAUGUAUUUUUUCCCCCCAUCACUAGUAACAUAUAUUUAGUUUUAAAUGGGUCAACUGUUUUAUGAAUGCUGAAUGUUUUACAUAAUACGUUUGAAACCCAAGGCUUCAACUUGAUAUCAUCUUCAGCAAGUCGGUAUAUUUAUCACAAUAUAUGUCAACAUAACAAAAUAGCAACAUCUUAAUAUGGUCUGUGUCUAGUUUUCCGAAUGCGGAUGUUUUUAGGAUUGACCUAGUUUUCUUCAACAAAUAUCUUUGCAGAUUACCCUUUGCUGAAUGAAUAAAACGUACCUCAGUGAAUUGUGUUACUGUUAUUCCAGGUAUUCCCUAUAAGCAGCUGACGGUGGGUGUACCGAAGGAGAUCUUCCAGAAUGAGCGUCGUGUGGCUCUGUCCCCGGCCGGAGUGCAGGCCCUUAUCAAACAGGGCUUCAACGUGGUGGUGGAGUCUGGGGCAGGAGAGCCCUCCAAGUUCCCCGAUCAACAAUACAUCCAGGCUGGAGCCACCAUCGAAGACGUCAAAGAUGUCCUGGGCUCUGAUGUGCUGGUCAAGGUAAGGGAAGAGGCUAUGUAAGUGAUGAAAAUAGGGUGGAUAGUCAUUUAACCCUCAUUUGCUGCCAUGGUAACUAUUGUAUCGCGUAAGGGAUUUUACAUCAAAUGUCUCUAUCGCUUGUCUGUGUGUUUGUGUCUGUGUCUCUCUCUCAGGUGCGUGCUCCCAUCUUCAACCCUGAGCUGGGAGCCCAUGAGGUGGAGCUGAUGAAGGAGGCAGCCACUCUGUUCAGCUUCAUCUACCCGGCCCAGAACCCUGAGCUGAUGGACAUGCUCUCCCAGAGGAAGGCCACCGUGCUGGCCAUGGACCAGGUGCCCCGCGUCACCAUCGCACAGGGCUACGACGCUCUCAGCUCCAUGGCUAACAUUGCAGGGUGAGGACAUGGGACGGUAUGGGUGGUGUGAGGGAGGGAGGGGGGUGGGACGACUCCCAGAGCUGGGGGGGGUGGGGGACUCCCAGAGCUGGGUCACUUGCCUUUUUCUUGCUAAUGUGCUUUAUUUGUGUAGCUUACAAUGACAAAUGGCUAAAUGGUGAGACAAUGCUGGAAGACUAGAGAGACAAGUAAAAGCUAAAUCUUCAAAGGUACAAGUUUAUGUCCAGGAUAAGUAUUUUGAAAUGCAACUAGAAUGAAUGAGCCUGUGUCUGAGGCAGUUUGUUUUAAUGACGGAGGUUGUCGUGUCAUUAAAAUGGAAAACAUUUGCUUGUUGAAUGCACUUCUCUUGGUCUGCUCACUACUGUGUCUGUCCAGCUGUAUCAUCUUGGCUCUGCUGUGUGUGUGUGUGUGUCUCGGUGUGUGUGGUCCACUUGGCAGAGUAAACCGCUGUGAUGUAUUUUGAGGCUGGGUAGACGUGCUCUGACAGUAUUUGUAAUUGGCCAUUUUCUGUGCCUGUGUUUCCAGAUACAAAGCUGUUGUGCUGGCAGCCAACAGCUUUGGGCGCUUCUUCACUGGACAGAUCACUGCUGCUGGAAAGGUCCCACCUGCUAAGGUGCUGAUCAUUGGAGGAGGAGUAGCAGGUCUGGCUGCUGCUGGUACUGCCAGAGCCAUGGGUGCUAUCGUCAGGGGCUUCGACACUCGGUGAGUGGGACCACCCAACCCUGGAUAUUCAGCCAUUACUUUACCAAUGAAAUCACUGGGACUCAUUGGUUGGUUCAUUAUCACAUUGUAGAGCUGCUCCCUUAUUUGUUUUAUUGAGAUUUCUUUCCAAGUCAAAUCCAAUUUCAUUUGUCACAUGCUUUGUAAACAACAGGUGUAAAUUAACAGUGAAAUGCUUACAGACGGUCCUUCACAACAAUGCAGAGAGAGAAAAAUGAGAAAUAAAAAAUAACACGAGGAAUAAAUACACAAUGAGUAACGAUAACUUGGCUAUAUACACAGGGUACCAGUACAGAGUCGAUGUGCAGGACUACGAUGUAACUGAGGUAGAUAUGUACAUAUAGGUAGGGAUAAUGUGACUAUGCAACAGGAUAGAUAAAAAACAGUAACAGCAGCAUAUGUGAUGAGUCAAAAGAUUUGAAAGUGUGAUGUUGCUAAUUCUCCAGGUGGUGGUAGUAGCUGCAUUACAAAUGAGAAUUUGCAGCUCAUUGUCUUUAGAAAACGGUAGAUUGCUUCCACUUACUUAAAAGGGUGGAAUAAUGGGAUAAAACGCUGUUUCUUUACUAUUUUUACUCUCCAGAUUCAAAGAUUUGAAUCUCACCACAUUGUUUACUACUUGCAGAUUUUACAACAAUCAUAGACAUAGCCUAUGCUCCUGCAGUGAUGCUGUAGAAUGUAUCAGGGGCUUCCAUUAAGUGCCCCGUCCGCCCUGCCAGUGCCUUCCAUGACAUCCCCUGUGUUCCCUCCCCAGAGCGGCGGCCUUAGAGCAGUUCAAGUCUCUGGGAGCAGAGACUCUGGAGGUGGACAUUAAGGAGGCUGGCGACGGCCAGGGCGGCUACGCCAAGGAGAUGUCCAAGGAGUUCAUCGAGGCUGAAAUGAAGCUGUUUGCUAAGCAGUGUCUGGAAGUAGACAUCCUCAUCAGCACGGCACUCAUCCCCGGUAUGCACAGUGAUAUAACCAACAACACCUCACUACCCCUAUCCCUUCCCAUAGACACACCUCACUACCCCUAUCCCUUCCCAUAGACACACCUCACUACCCCUAUACCUACCGUAGAGACACACCUCCCUACCCCCUAUCCCCUUACCGUAGAGAACCCAACUCACUACCCUAUACACCUACGUAGAGCACACUCACUACCCUAUCCCCUUACCAUAGAGAAACACCUCAUACCCUAUCCCUUUUCCAUAGACAAACCUCACUACCCCCUAUCCCUUCCCAUAGACCAACCUCACUACCCCUACCCCUACCGUAGAGACACACCUCACUUACCCCUAUCCCAUACCGUAGACACACAUCAUACCCCUUCCCCUACCGUAGAGACAAACCUCACUACCCCUAUUCCCCUACCAUAGAACACCUCACUACCACUAUCCCUUCCAUAGACACACAUCACUACCCCUAUCCAUUAACAUAGACACACCUCACUACCCCUAUCCCCUACCGUAGAGACACCACCUCAAUACCCCUAUCCCCUAAAUAGGACACACAUCACUACCCUCUCCCUACCGUAGAGACACACUCACUACCCCUAUCCCAUCCCAUAGCCACCACCUCACUACCCCUAUACCCCUACCGUAGAGACACCUCACUAAACCCCCCCCUAUCCCCUACCAGAGACACACCUCAUACCACUUAGCACCUACCGUAUAGACACCUCACUACCCUAUACCCUACCAUAGACACACCUCACUACCCAUAAUCACCUACCGUAGACACACAUCCUACCCCUAUCCCCUACAGUAGACACCCCUCACUACCCCUAUCACCUCCCCUAGACCAACCUCACUGACCCAUAUCCCCUCCAUAGACACACCUCACUACCCCAUCCCCUACCGUAGAGACACACCUCACUACCCCUAUCCCCUCCCAUAGACACACCUCACUACCCCCUAUCCCCUACCAUAGAGACACACCUCACUACCCCUAUCCCCUCCCAUAGACACACCUCACUACCCCCUAUCCCCUACCAUAGAGACACACCUCACUACCCCUAUCCCCUACCAUAGAGACACACCUCACUACCCCUAUCCCCUACCAUAGACACACCUCACUACCCCUAUCCCCUACCGUAGAGACACACCUCACUACCCCUAUCCCCUCCCAUAGACACACCUCACUACCCCUAUCCCCUACCGUAGAGACACACCUCACUACCCCUAUCCCCUCCCAUAGACACACCUCACUACCCCUAUCCCCUACCAUAGAGACACACCUCACUACCCCUAUCCCCUCCCAUAGACACACCUCACUACCCCUAUCCCCUACCAUAGAGACACACCUCACUACCCCUAUCCCCUCCCAUAGACACACCUCACUACCCCUAUCCCCUCCCAUAGACACACCUCACUACCCCUAUCCCCUCCCAUAGACACACCUCACUACCCCUAUCCCCUACCGUAGAGACACACCUCACUACCCCCUAUCCCCUACCGUAGAGACACCUCACUACCCCUAUCCCCUCCCAUAGACACACCUCACUACCCCUAUCCCCUACCGUAGAGACACCUCACUACCCCUAUCCCCUACCGUAGAGACACACCUCACUACCCCUAUCCCCUCCCAUAGACACACCUCACUACCCCUAUCCCCUACCGUAGAGACACACCUCACUACCCCUAUCCCCUACCAUAGAGACACACCUCACUACCCCUAUCCCCUCCCAUAGACACACCUCACUACCCCCUAUCCCCUACCGUAGAGACACACCUCACUACCCCUAUCCCCUACCAUAGACACACCUCACUACCCCCCUAUCCCCUACCGUAGACACACCUCACUACCCCUAUCCCCUCCCAUAGACACACCUCACUACCCCUAUCCCCUACCAUAGACACACCUCACUACCCCUAUCCCCGCCCAUAGACACACCUCACUACCCCUAUCCCCUACCGUAGACACACCUCACUACCCCCUAUCCCCUACCAUAGAGACACACCUCACUACCCCUAUCCCCUACCGUAGACACACCUCACUACCCCCUAUCCCCUACCAUAGAGACACAUCCGUAUCUAUAUCUUUAUCAUCUUAAUCUACCUGCUUUACAUCCCUUUACAUCUUCUGCUGCGCUGCAGUCCUCCUAGUCUUCUGCUGCGCUGCAGUCCUCCUAGUCUUCUGCUGCGCUGCAGUCCUCCUAGUCUUCUGCUGCGCUGCAGUCCUCCUAGUCUGAUCUGUUUGUGUUCUGGCCUACUCACUCCAUUGUCAUUGUCAUCAAACAGUUUGACUUGAGAGCAGAACAUCUGGCAACCAGGCUAUUGUCACCCCUGAUUUCACCCAUUUGAAAUGCAUGUACUGCUAUCAUCAGCUCUCAUCUGUCCAAUCCUCUCAGGCUCUAAGCUGCUUUAAGGCUUCUUCAGCUUAGUUACCUAGUGUAGUUAAGGUAGUGUUUAAGCCCUAUCCAUCUGGUUAACUCUGCCCCUCAAGGCUGAGUUGAUAUUAUUCCGUUCCUGUAGCAGCCUAUAACAGACCACAGAGACACCAUAGAGAAAUUGCUACGCUCAAAUCAACUCAAGCUUUAUUUAUACAGCACAUUUCAGACAUGGAAUGCAACGCAAUGUGCAAAAAAAUGAAUGAAAAUAAUAUUAGCUACACAACAAACAUAAGAAGAUAAAAAAACUAAAGAAUAACAAUAAUAAUGUGAUCAGAUAUUCAGAGGAAGUUAUGAAUUACAUUCUCCUCUCCACUGACAUGUCAUGUGGUUGAACUGGUGCCAAAGUCACUGAUGUUGUGUAAUGGUCCCAGCCCUAGGGCAUGUUGUCCUGGCCGCUAUACUAAUGCUACUGGUCCUGUUGAGUGGAGAGACCGACUCCUUUGGUCUGGUUGACACCAGCCUACCCUAGCCUUAUCAGUACUGAUGUCUCCUGUUCUGACCAGUUCAACAUGGUCCUCUGUAGCUCAGCGUGGUCCUCUGUAGCUCAGCGUGGUCCUCUGUAGCUCAGCUGGUAGAGCAUGGUGCUUGUAACGCCAAGGUUGUGGGUUCGAUCCCCGGGACCACCCAUACGUAAAAAUGUAUGCACGCAUGACUGUAAGUCGCUUUGGAUAAAAGCGUCUGCUAAAUGGCAUAUUAUAUUAUUAUUAUUAUUAUUAUUAUUAUUAUUAUAUUUAUAUUAUUAUAUGAUCUUGAAAGAGUUUCUGUGUUCUCAUGAGAUCUGUUUACUUUAAAGCUAGUGUAAACGUCAGAAGGGACCCGAAAACAUUGCCUAGCGUAAACCGAGAACAACAAACUGCAAUUAGUUUAUUUGCCAGGGUUUGAUUCAUUGUCGUUAAAUCCAGAUUUUAAGACGUUGUUGUACAGAAGGCUGAAUAAAGAGGUCAGCUGCUGAUUGAGCACCCUGCUGGUACUGCAGACAAGACCCCUGUGUCACCAUGGUGAUGUGUCCUGUCGCCAGGUCGCAAGGCCCCCAUCCUGAUCACCAAGGACAUGGUGGAGAGCAUGAAGGAUGGCUCUGUGGUGGUGGACCUGGCUGCUGAGGCUGGAGGAAACAUCGAAACCACGGUGCCUGGAGAACUGUCUGUACACAAGGUCAGAUGGGCCUGUCCACAGUUUCAAUUUCAUCAUCACUAUUUUCCCUUUUGAACCGGCUCCUUGUUGUCAGUCAUCUUGUUAGCUUCUGUGUUUUGUUUUCCUAGCAAUGAAAUCAUACCACCAUGUCACCUUGUUACAGUAUUAUAAUUCAAUCCCAUUUUAACCGGUCAAAAUGAGAAUGCACAAUUUUGGUCUUUCAAUAAAAUAACUGGUUAUGUGUUUUGUUUUUAGGGUGUGACCCACAUUGGCUUCACUGACCUGCCCAGCCGCCUGCCCACCCAGUCCAGCACCCUGUACUCCAACAACCUGACCAAACUCAUCCGUGCCAUCAGCCCUUCCACUGAGAACUUCAACUAUGAGGUCAAGGAGAAAUUUAACUACGGCACCAUGGACCAUGUCAUCAGAGGAUCUAUUGUCAUGCAGGUGAAUCAUCGGGGUUAAUGGGUUUGGUUACCUUGGUUAUCUGUUUUUUAGCACAAGGGAAGAUUGGUUAAUUAGAUCAUGGUGAAUCUAUACUCUCUACUUCUACAGUUAAAAAAUGAAAAUAGUCUUUGUUGAUUGGUUUGUUUGGUAAUGAAGUGUUUUGAUAGUGUUUGGUGAAAGUGAAAUGUUGAUCUCAAAUGUACAUCCAUGCAUUGUUGACUUCUGUUUGGUUGGCAUUCUCAAUCAUUUUCACCUUUCUAUCUGAUGCAGAAUGGAACCAACCUCUUCCCAGCUCCUCUGCCCGAUAACAUCCCAGUGGCAGCCCCUCCCAAACCCAAGAGCAAGCAGGAGCUGGCUAAGGAGAAGGCUGCUGCCGUGUCCCCUUUCAAGGCUACCCUGACUACCACUGGCAUGUACACUGGAGGUGAGAGACACCAUCACUGACUGCACUGACUGCCUAGACUCUUCAUUCAUUUAUACUUACAUUGCCUUCAGAAAGUAUUCACACCCCUUGACUUUUUCCACAUUGUUGUUACAUUUAAAAUGGAUUACAUUUAGAAUUGUUUUUGUCACUGGCCUACACACAAUACCCCAUAACGUGAAAGUGGAAUUGUGUUUUUCAAAAUUUUUACAAAUGAAAAGCUGAAAUGUCUUGAGUCAAUAAGUAUUCAACACAUUUGUUAGGGCAAGCCUAAAUAAGUACAGGAGUAAAAAUGUGCUUAUUAAGUCACAUAAUAAGUUGCAUGGACUCUGUGUGCAAUAAUAGUGUUUAACAUGAUUUUAGAAUGACUACCUCUUCUCUGUACCCCACACGUACAAUUAUCUUUAAGGUCCCUCAGUCGAGCAGUGAAUUUCAAACACAGAUUCAACCACAAAGACCAGGGAGAUUUUCCAAUGCCUCGCAAAGAAGGACACCUAUUGGUAGAUGGGUAAAAAUAAAAAGCAGACAUUGAAAAUCUCUUUGAGCAUGGUGAAGUUAUUAAUUACACUUUGGAUGGUGUCACUACAAAGAUACAGGUGUACUUCCUAACUCAGUUGCCGGAGAGGAAGGAAACCGCUCAGGGAUUUCACCGAGGCCAAUGCAAUGGUGACUUUAAAACCAUUUAGAGUUUAAUGGCAGUGAUAGGACAAAACUGAGGAUGGAUCAACAACAUUGUAGUUACUCUACAAUACUAACCUAACUGACAGAGUGAAAAGAAGGAAGCCUGUACAGAAUAAAAAUAUUCCAAAACAUGCAUCAAGGCACUAAAGUAAAACUGCAAAAAAUGUGGCAAAGCAAUUAACGUUUUAUCCUGAAUACAAAGUGUUAUGUUUGGGACAAAUCCAAUACAACACAUUACUGAGUUCCACUCUCCAUAUUUUCAAGCAUAGUGGUGGCUGCAUCAUGUAAUGGGUAAUCGUUAAGGACUGCUUGUAAUCGUUAAGGACUUUUUCAGGAUAAAAAAGAAACGUAAUGGAUCAAAGCACAGGCAAAAUCCUAGAGGAAAACCUGAUUCAGUCUGCUUUCCACCAGACACUGGGAGAUUAAUUCACCUUUCAGCAGGACAAUAACCUAAAACACAAGGUCAAUUCUACACUGGAAUUGCUUACCAAGAAGACAGUGAAUGUUCCUUAGUGGCCGAGUUACAGAUUUGACUUAAAUCUGCUUGAAAAUGUAUGGCAAAACAUGAAAAUGGUUGUCUAGCAAUGAUCAACAACCAAUUUGACAGAGCUUGAAGAAUUUUGAAAAUAACAAUGGGCAAAUACUGUACAAUCCAGGGGUGCAAAGCUCUUAGAGACUUACCCAGAAAGACUCAGCUGUAAUCGCUGCCAAAGGUGAUUCUAACAUGUAUUGACUCAGGGAUGUGAAUACUUAUGUAAAUGAGAUAUUUCUGUAUUUCAUUUUCAAACAAUGUGCAAAAACAAAUUCCAAACAUGUUUUCACUUUGUCAUCAAGGGGGUAUUAUGUGUAGAUUGGUGAGAAACAAUCAAUUGAAUCCAUUUUGAACUCAGGUUGUAACUCAACAAAAUGUGGAAUAAUUCAAGCAGUAUGAAUACUUUCUGAAGGCACUACCUUGCCUUCCAGGGUCAUGUUCAGUAGGUAACAAAGGGAAGAAAGCUGAGUAAAAUGGGGAGAAACUACCUGGUCCAAUAAGAAAGGCACAUUUCUAUGUUCUGUUGCAAAACAUCUUGCUACAGGGUCGCGGGAGUUUUUUAAAAUGCGAAUAUUGGGCCGCGUCUGAGACAACCUAGUCCAAUUUGGGUCCCAAGGCAAAACCAGUUGAGAACCACUGCCCUAAUGAACACCACCCCGGUCUAAGUCAGUCGUUUACUUAAUUAUAAUGUAAGGGGAAUAAAAUGGCUGACACAGCAGAAAGCGGAGGAUGCAGAGCAACCCUGGCUGUCAGGAUAAUGGCCCCUAAACUGAGCCGUGUCAUGAGUCUCUCUGAGCUCCUAUGGUGGUCUCGCUCUCCUCACCCUGACCUGGGUUAACAGGACUAUCGCGGGGGGUUAAAAGCAACAUGUUAAUGUUUUAUUACCAUUCACAUUCAUUACAUUUUUACAUUCUCUACUAACACUCACAAGCCAUCCACAUAUCUGACUUAUGUGGGAAAGGUGAGCUGUGACCCCAUUCUGAGAGCAGCACCAGUCGUGAUCAGACAUAAAAGCUACACUGAACAGAAAUCCCUGCAGAUUAUUUAUAUUGGUUACAGACGGGGGCUCAGAUGUUAGUCUGUGUUAGAGAGAGGAGGCAGGCACCAACUGUCGUCUCUGUUCUGUUCUGGAAUCACAUCAAAGAGACCCAGAGAACACGUCCUCCUUCCCCAACAUUCAGACAGACGAGCCACAAUCUGGGUUCACACGUAAAUAAACACCUGAGAUAAACAAACAAGCACAUUCAUCUUCCUGUCCUUUCUUGAGUUAGUUCGCUCCGUAUCUCUGUCUUUCCCUGCUGAAGCCAAGGAAGGUGCUGCUGGAGCAUUGUGAUGUCCUGACCACCGGAUCAGCCACAUGAGAGGCCAGAAAGGAUGAGAGCCCCUUUGAAAUUAGGAUUGGUCACCUAAUUAGAGCUCAACCUAACAUGGCCCCUCCCUCCCUCCCUCUCAACCCAACCACCCCCAGCCCAAACCACCACCAGCAGCCCCUUAGUGCCAGGAAACUGGGAAUAAUAAAAUGUGGGAUGUGGCCCCCCCCCCCCCCCCCCCCCCCCCCGCUGUGUCUGUCUGAAGUAGUGUUGUAUCUGUUUCCCACAGACACUUGCUCUGGUAGUGGCGACUGGAGACGGCAGGCCUGUAAACCCCGUUCACACGUUCCCCCGAGCAGCUCAUUCUAGGUUGGCUGUGGUGUACCACCACCAUACUUGGGUUGCUGUCUGUAAUUGCGCCUAGCUAAAUUUCUAACCCCAACGUGUCUGUCUCUUGUCCUCACUUAAGAAAAUUAGUAAACAUUAGAAAGAGUCAGCAUUUCUACUCUACAAUAUCUAGUGUGCCUCACAUGACAUGGCCUAAUUAAAUUCAACACCUUAUGACGGUCAAUGAUUUGUUUUUGUUUUUUUCACUUGCAUUUCAAUGAGUAGAAAGCCCUUGGCUAUAUUACAUAUGGACAUUAGAUAUGCGACGUGGGCUAGUGUUAAGUUAUUUAUUAACCCUUUCCCCCUCUCAGGUCUUGGCACCAUGUUAGGCCUGGGCCUGGCUGCGCCGAACACAGCCUUCCCUCAGAUGGUGACCAUCUUCGGCCUGGCUACCAUUGUGGGCUACCACACGGUGUGGGGGGUGAGCCCAGCCCUUCACUCCCCACUCAUGUCCGUUACCAACGCCAUCUCUGGUGAGUGUUUAUGAAGACUCCUCUUAAUGAAAUGGAUACAGUGCAAAGAAGACUACAUUUACAUUUUAGUCAUUUAGCCAGAGCGACUUACAGUUAGUGCAUUCAUCUUAAGAUGGCUAGGUGGGACAACCACAUAUCUCAGUCGUAGUAAGUACAUUUUUACUCAAAGUACAGUGGGGAAAAAAUGUAUUUAGUCAGCCACCAAUUGUGCAAGUUCUCCCACUUAAAAAGAUGAGAGAGGCCUGUAAUUUUCAUCAUAGGUACACGUCAACUAUGACAGACAAAAUGAGAAAAAAAAAUCGAGAAAAUCACAUUGUAGGAUUUUUCAUGAAUUUAUUUCCAAAUUAUGGUGGAAAAUAAGUAUUUGGUCAAUAACAAAAGUUUCUCAAUACUUUGUUAUAUACCCUUUGUUGGCAAUGACACAGGUCAAACGUUUUCUGUAAGUCUUCACAAGGUUUUCACACACUGUUGCUGGUAUUUUGGACCAUUCCUCCAUGCAGAUCUCCUCUAGUGCAGUGAUGUUUUGGGGCUGUCGCUGGGCAACACGGACUUUCAACUCCCUCCAAAGAUUUUCUAUGGGGUUGAGAUCUGGAGACUGGCUAGGCCACUCCAGGACCUUGAAAUGCUUCUUACGAAGCCACUCCUUCGUUGCCCGGGCGGUGUGUUUGGGAUCAUUGUCAUGCUGAAAGACCCAGCCACGUUUCAUCUUCAAUGUCCUUGCUGAUGGAAGGAGGUUUUCACUCAAAAUCUCACGAUACAUGGCCCCAUUCAUUCUUUCCUUUACACGGAUCAGUCGUCCUGGUCCCUUUGCAGGAAAACAGCCCCAAAGCAUGAUGUUUCCACACCCAUGCUUCACAGUAGGUAUGGUGCUCUUUGGAUGCAACUCAGCAUUCUUUGUCCUCCAAACACGACGAGUUGAGUUUUUACCAAAAAGUUAUAUUUUGGUUUCAUCUGACCAUAUAACAUUCUCCCAAUCCUCUUCUGGAUCAUCCAAAUGCACUCUAGCAAACUUCAGACGGGCCUGGACAUGUACUGGCUUAAGCAGGGGGACACGUCUGGCACUGCUGGAUUUCAGUCCCUGGCGGUGUAGUGUGUUACUGAUGGUAGGCUUUGUUACUUUGGUCCCGGCUCUCUGCAGGUCAUUCACUAGGUCCCCCCAUGUGGUUCUGGGAUUUUUGCUCACCGUUCUUGUGAUCAUUUUGACCCCACGGGGUGAGAUCUUGCGUGGAGCCCCACAUCGAGGGAGAUUAUCAGUGGUCUUGUAUGUCUUCCAUUUCCUAAUAAUUGCUCCCACAGUUGUUUUCUUCAAACCAAGCUGCUUACCUAUUGCAGAUUCAGUCUUCCCAUUCUGGUGCAGGUCUACAAUUUUGUUUCUGGUGUCCUUUGACAGCUCUUUGGUCUUGGCCAUAGUGGAGUUUGGAGUGUGACUGUUUGAGGUUGUGGACAGUUGUCUUUUAUACUGAUAACAAGUUCAAACAGGUGCCAUUAAUACAGGUAACAAGUGGAGGACAGAGGAGCCUCUUAAAGAAGAAGUUACAGGUCUGUGAGAGCCAGAAAUCUUGCUUGUUUGUAGAUGACCAAAUACUUAUUUUCCACCAUAAUUUGCAAAUAAAUUCAUUAAAAAUCCUACAAUGUGAUUUUCUGGAAUUUCUUUUCUCAAUUUGUCUGUCAUAGUUGACGAGUACCUAUGAUGAAAAUUACAGGCCUCUCUAAUCUUUUUAAGUGGGAGAACUUGCACAAUUGGUGGCUGACUAAAUACUUUUUUUCCCCACUGUAGCUAUCAGUAAAGUCAGUGCUAGUAAUAAAUAUAAAAGUCAAGUUUGAGUGUUAGUUCACUAAAGGCAAGUCUAAACAUAGGCAAGUCAUUAUUUUGUAAUUUAGUAUAUUUAGUAAUGUAUUUAUAGAUAUGAAGGGAGGUAAACUUACUGAUGAAAAUGCAUAUAUGCCUACAUUACUUCACUUGGGAUUUGGCUUCAAAUGAGAAUAAAUCUCGUUUUUAAACCCAAAUGUUAUUAAUUUGAUUUACUAGUCCAUAAAAGGCAAUCCUGUAACUGUCCAGAGGAGAUUCCUUUACAGACCUGGUGGUGAAAUCUCCCUCCACCUCCACACCUGCAGGUGCUCUCUUCUCAGUGAUGAGUAAGACCUGGAGGGAACAGGAAAUGAUUCAUGAUCCUUGUAGUCUGGAUGAUUUAAAACUCUUCUACUCCAGAGUUGAGAUCUGCUUCAAGCAACUAAAAGCAUAAGUCUCAGGUUCCACUCUGAAUAUAGGCUAACAAAUUAUAGUAGAUUAAUCUGUAAUUUAAUAUUUCUUUGUCUGCAAAUAAAAGAGAAACUGAUUAUUAGGCUGAUUUAAAAUGGUAACUCAAUGCUUGGAUAGUGCUGAGAAGACAUUUGAUCAUUACUCUGUCAAAGAUGAAGAAGACAUUAAUUUGCGUACUGGUUCCUAGUUUUGAUGUCUGUGGCGUUAUUAGUUGCCCCUUGCCCUCUUUCCCACCAUCCACGACUACUUCAUUAACAUGAGGCGUUAUAGAGUGUGUGUGUGUGUGUGUGUGUGUGUGUGUGUGUGUGUGUGUGUGUGUGUGUGUGUGUGUGUGUAUGUGUGUGUCUGUUCGCUCGCAGUGUUUUGAUUACUCUUGACAUGGGCGGAAGUGACAAGCUGGCUGUGGUAUCUGGUGCUUCGUAAAGCUUUUCCUUGUUCCUCCCUGCGGCGGUAGGACAGUCGGUCACGACCAGGGUCUGGGUCCAGGAACCAGGAAAGGCUUGGUUGUUAAUGAGCCCAUGGUGGUCCAACAUUAAAACCCCCUUCAUGUCGCCACAGAUGCUAACUUCAGAGAAGGCAUGAUGGGGGCAUCCAAUGGAGCAAUUAUCUCCCUGGACCUACUGCACAGUUCUUGUCAAUUACUUUAUUAGUGCACACUCUACACGUUAGUGCUGGGAAUUGCCAGCGACCUCACGAUAAGAUAAUAUCACGAUAAUUAGAUGCCGAUACGAUAUGUAUUGCGAUUCUCACAAUUCUAUAUGUAUUGCAAUUCGAUACUGGAAUUUUAUUGCGAUUUGAUGUUCCAAACAUAUUACUCACGAUGUCUGCCAGCGUUGUAGUACUCGAGACCAGUCUAGAGACCACAUUGAGUGUCUCGGUCUUGUGUCGGAAACAUUUUUACUCUGUCUUGAUUCGGUCUCGGACAGUGAGGACUCGUCAUUUCUUCCCGAGACCAGCGGAGUAAAAAAAUCAUACAGUAAUUUCCGCUUCCAUUCAGUCAGCGCAUUAAAACCGCUAUAGAAUUUCCUUGAUUCGCUGGUAGGGAAGAGUGGGGGGAAUUGUUUGAAAGUUGCGUGCUCACUAUUAGUAAGGGGAGACCGGGGGAAAUUGUAGCAGUCUUACGCAACUUAUGGUAGCCUAACACCCUCACUAUCACCAAAAGUGACAACAGUGACACGUCGAAGGAUGGGUGACAGGCCCGCGAUGCUGAAAGGACAGCGACCUUAUUACCAGCGCACUCAAUGUAGGAGAGUGCACUUUUUGUAAAACACAUAGGGCUGCUAGAAAGACAGCAGUAACACAGCAUGAUGUUAAAGGAUAAGCAGUCAUUCACUCGGACAUAAAAGGCCAGUAGGUCCCAAUCAUAAGAAUACGAAAUACAACCAUUAGGCUAAGCAUUUCCCCAAUCAAAAUGUACAACUAUUACUUCCCAUUGCAAAAAAACAUGAUUCACCUUCAGCACACAAUGUAACCGGUGAUCUAAAGUUUAAAUGCAACAAUGUUUCACAAACAAGUUAUUUUAAAAGAGAUAGCUAACAGCAGCAAUCAAGGUGCAAUAAAAAACACAUCUCCACUCACCAGAUGAUGAUAAUUUGAAACUUAACUUCUUGUUGAAAGUUAAUCUUGAAAAGGGCGAUGCUAACAAAUUAGCAACAACAUCCUCUUCGAUUGCAGCCACUGCAAACUAGCCUAAAACAAAAGCUAGCUAGCUAGACUGUGGGAAAACUACUGCUCACUAUUGUGCUGUGACCUGGUGGCCUUGGAGAAGGAAGAAGUUUCCAUAUGUUUUGUAAAAACGGUCCCACCCAUUACAAGUCAAAAUGGGAUUGGUUGAUUCCGUUGUCACUCCAAAAUUCGUCCCGAAUACAGUUGAAUGACAGAAGGCAUCUAUCUAGCUUCUUAUAGGCUAGCCAAUGGCCGAUUUAGCUAGCUAGAUUUAUCUCCCCAGUGUUAACCCUUUCCAACAAAAACUGAAGAGAUUAAAUCAGAACAUCAUUGAAAAUAAUAAUAUAAUUAUUAUUUUAUAAAUCCUUAGCUCUUCUCUGAAGGGCUAGAAGGCCCUCGUUGUUCCCCACUGUGUUUGGGUUAGUAACAACUUGUAAAGUGGCUCUAUUUGCCAUCAGCAUGCAUUUUUUUCACCAUUCUGAAUGUCUAAAGAAUCCAUAUGUUCUCCUGAAAUAUGAACACAGAAAUAAUGGACAUUUUGAACUCUUAUUAUGGUGGUGAUUUGACAAUUACAAUCAUGGUCUUGAAUCUCGGACGUCUCGUCCCCCUCUCGGUCUUGACUCGGUCUCGAGUCGGUCUUGACUCGAUUCGCUCCGGUCUUGGUCUGGAAUCGGUCUCGCUUUAGGUGGUCUCGAACACAACACUGAUGUCUGCUGCAGAGAGACAAGCGAGAGCUUGGAGUCAAAUACGAUAUAUCGUUCAAAAAUAAAAUUGCGAUAUGUAACUGAAUUUCUUUCCCCCAUCACUACUACACAUACCCCCCCACCCUAGUCAAUCUCUAUCCUCACACAUUCUGUCUUGGGUGUGUUCCCCGCAUAUUUGGCAUUACCUAAACGAUGCCUUUUAUUGUGGUCAUGCAAAGAAGUGGAAACUUUGAAGCCAUUGGAAUUCUUGUUAUUGUUGUGCCAAAUGUAAUAAAGCUGUAAGAGCCCGAGACGUUAGUGAAGCAUAAUGGAAUUUGGACUUUCGUAUUCUUAAGAGAGAGCGAGAAGUGCGUGUCAAUCUCUGUCUGGAGCAUUGGGUUACUUUUGAUGGGGAACCCUUGGUUUUGCCCAAUGGCAGUUAUGGCGCCAUCCUCCAGUCUCCUGACAGUGUCUUUAAUCUACCUGAAACUAUUGACUCACAAUUUGCCAAAGUCUGCCCUUUCUGAAGUCUGCUCUAGGUGAGAUGUGAUGCACCUCCCAUGGGACCUCAUUUCUAUUGUGUGUGGGUUUGUGUGAUCAAUAUAGAUAUAUAAUAUAGAUAUCACUGGCUGACUAUUUAAGAGCUGUCUUGAUAAGUCAGCAGGAGGUAGGUGGCAUUGGUGUCUGUUUGGUCAGGUAGCCUAUGUCUGUGAUCUCAAUGGCCUGACUAUGACGCCCUUGUUUUCCAAAUGUAACCUCAUUGAGGGUGGAGUUAAGUCACCCUCUUUUCAAGGGAGGGAAUCUUCAGGUGGGUAUCUGAUGGCAUUAAGGUUUCAAAGUUGACCUUGUGGGCGACCAUGUCUAGGAUAGUGUGAGUGAGCAGCAUGUCUCGCUUUUUGAGUGUGUGAGUAGAUUUUUCUAACCUAAUUGCCUGCUGAUGUGUGCAGUGCACCUUUAAUUCAACCUCUGGUCUGUCUGUGUGACUAAUUGUUGCUGUGGAGUUCCAGAAAGGGACAGCCAGGAAAAUCUCACCCAGUCAGACAGACACACAAACACAUGACUGUGAGCCUGUUGGCUCUGUCUGACCAGCCUGUUGUUGUGUUGUUCACUAGAGUACAGCAGGCAGCAUUUGUAAGUCAUUAUAGGGCUGAUAGUUAUCAGGAUUCCCUCUGUGCUCUGACAAUUUUCACAGUAAGCUGCACAGCUGUGCUCUAAUGUGUAAGAAACAUACCUGUCUUCACAGCACUUCAAAUGUAAUAAAGCUGUGUUUGUCUGACAAGGCAAUUGGGUAUAAAAGCAAUACUCUUUUAGUGUUUUGUAUUGUCAUUUGUCAUCAGUUCAACACGUGGGAGUAAGGGUGUGUUUUCACAGGCAGACAAAUUCUGAUCUUUUUCCACUGAAUUGGUGUUUUGAACAAUCAGAUCAGUUUUUUUGCCAAUAAUUGUGCAAAAGAUCAGAAUUAGGCUGCCUGUGUAAACUCAGCCAAAUGCAUGUCUGGAAUGGGUUGACAUGUGAUCUAAGCUGUGUUUUUAUUCUAGGUCUGACAGCUGUGGGCGGUCUGUCUCUCAUGGGGGGUGGCUAUGCCCCCUCCUCCUCUGCCGAGACCCUGGCUGUCGCUGCUGCCUUCAUUUCCUCAGUCAACAUCGCUGGUGAGUGACUCUCUGGACUAAACCAGACAGUAACUGUGAAAACAGACAGUGAAUGGAGCAGACAAACUGAGCUUCAGUUACCUCAACAUUGUACCCCCUUGGACCCCUUAUAUAAGGUAUUCCAAUAUGUAAGAGACAAGGAUAUCAGACCCUUUAGGGCCAUUUUAUUUCACUUGACUAUAUAUUAAGAAAACUGGUAGAGCAUCGUGGCAGGUGAAGUAAGGCUAUUGCUCCACUGUGACCUCUUCCUCACCUGUGACCGUUAGUUGGUCCAUGAACCCUGUUCGUGAGAGCAGACCUUCCCUAACUCCCUUCAGGUGGAAAAUAAGGAAUUCCACACCUGAACUGGAAGUGACUGAGUUAUCUUCAAAAGGGCACCAUUCAUGCUAUAAACCAGGCUUAGUCUAGCUCUGCUGAGAAGAAAUGAGGGAACGUCGCUCGCUAAUGGUAGUGUCAGGAAAGUCUUUGGUGCGUGAUUCUAGACAGCCACUGAGGCAAACGCUGCAGAGGUCCAGAGGUCUCAGUCUGUGCGAGGGCACUCUGACAGGUCAGAUUACCUAGCAGGGUCAAAGGUCAUGCCAGGGAUUUUGGCAGAUUUUUGCCAUUUGCUGUAAUAACCAGUUAUUAUGACUCUCAGAUCUCUUUUGUGCAUGUGUUCCAGCGUGCUUAAAGUGCACCUCUUUAUAUAUAUAUUUAUAUAUGUAUUUAUACAUAUGUUUUAUUUUAUUUAAAGAGCAGAUGUUUAAUUUCAGUUUAAAGGUCCAGUUGGUUUCCAUUCCACACGCAACAUUUCUUAGUGGUCUAUUGCGCCACCCAUAAACCCUCACUAACAUAAAAACUGACAUUCCACCGUCUGUUUUCCUAGCCCUUCUUCUACAAGUUUUAUAUUGUCAAGUGAAUACACAAAAAAUUACCCUCCAAUAUUAGUUUCCAUAAACUAGCCCUGAAAUUUAGAGACUACCUGCUCCUUAUACGACAGGGGUCAAGGAAUAGUUUUUUCAUCCUCUUGCUCUAGCCACAGUCUUUUUUGUUUUUCCAUGUGUUUUUAUAGCGGGAGCACGGAAAAAUCCUUAAAUACCUGCCCUUUGCAUUCUUGAAUCUGAAUGUAUUGACUUUGAGCCUCAGUCUGAAAUUGUUUUUUAAAAAAUGAUUGGUGUGUUUAAGUGAUUGAGGUCUGGGCUGGGCUAAAAUUAGCCCGUACAGCUGAAGUGGACAGAUGUUAGCCACUGGAUAACCUGUCUGAGUGUAGUGGGGUUGAAGAGAACUCAGAGGAACGUUAUCCGCCCCAGCAAAAUGAAGUGUUCCGUCUGGUCGUUUAUAUCAGGGGAUAAAUUCUACUUUUGUGUGCAGUUUUAAUGAGUUACUCAAAUAUCAAAUAAGAGUGCAAUAAAUAAUAUUUGAAAUAUUACCGACUUCACCCUGUUAUGCCUGAAGCAUUCAAAUUGUAUUUGUCACAUGCUUCGUAAACAACAGGUGUAGGCUAACAGUGAAAUGCUUACGGGAAAAGUUAAACACGUUGUAAUAAAUACACAAUGAGUACCGAUAACUUGGUUAUAUACACGGGGUACGAGUUGAUGUGCAGGGGUACGAGGUAUUUGAGGUAGAUAUUUACAUACACUGAGUGUACAAAACAACUUAAUAUUUUGUUUACUCAGUGUAUAGUUAGGAAUAUAAUAACCGAUAAUAAACAGGAGCAGCAGCGUAUGUAAUGAGUCAAUAAAGUUAGGGCAAAAAUGGUCAAUGCAGAUAGUCCGGGUAUCUAUUUGGUUAACUAUUUAAGUAACUAUUUAGCAGUCUUAUGGCUUGGGGGUAGAAGCUAUUCAGUGUCCUGUUGGUUCCAGACUUGGUGCUGUGCGGUAGCAGAGAGAACAGUCUAUGACUUGGGUGGCUGGAGUCUUUGACCUUUUUUAGGGCCUUCCUCUGACACUGCGUGGUAUAGAGGUCCUGGAUGGCAGGGAGCUCGUACCCACUACCCUCUGUAGCGCCUUACGGUCGGAUGCCAAGCAGUUGCCAAGAGCGUAUGUGCAGACCGUUGUCUACCAGGUUGAGUUUGACGGGUUUUGUUCUUUUUCUCUCUCAGGUGGUUUCCUGGUCACCAAGAAGAUGUUGGACAUGUUCAAGCGUCCCACUGACCCUCCAGAAUACAACUACCUCUACCUACUGCCCACCGGGGUGUUCGUUGGGGGCUAUGGAGUCGCCUUGCAGGCUGGCUAUAACAUUGAACAGGUGAGCAUCACCUAACCCUCAAACUGGCAGCGGGGUCAGUAGUUGUGUUCAGUAGGUUGUGUUAAAGCUGCAAUAUGUAACUUUUUGGGCGACCUGACCAAAUACACAUAGAAAUGUGUGUCAUAGAUCUGUCAUUCACAUUGAAAGCAAGUCUAAGAAGCAGUAUAUCUGUUCUUUGUGCGCUAUUUCUAAUCUUCCGGUUCUUAAGUUUAGUUUUUGUCUUUUACUUUCGGUUUUGUACACCAGCUUCAAACAGCUGAAAAUAAAAAAUGUUGGGUUAUGGAAAAUAUAUUUCACAGCAGUUUAGAUGGUACAAUGAUUCUCUACACUAUACUUGCUUGUUUUGUCACAUCAACUGAAAUUAAGCGAACUAUUAGAAUUGUAGUGAUUUCUGCAUAGAACACCUUUAAGUAGGCAGGAAACUUGAGUGAAACAUGCAUGUAUUACCUAAACUUGUCCAAUUAGAACAGCAAAACGUGUUGCUAUAGUGUGCCUUCCGGAACAUGGCACAGGUCUAAGUCACAGCUGUGCGUCUAUCCCUCUCUCUGUAGAUGAUGUACCUGGGCUCCGGUAUGUGCUGUGUGGGAGCCCUGGCUGGUCUGUCUAACCAGUCCACUGCCCGUCUGGGUAAUGCCCUGGGUAUGAUGGGGGUGGCAGGGGGCAUCGCUGCCACCCUGGGCUUCCUGAAGCCCACCCCUGAACUCCUGGCACAGAUGAGUGCCGCCAUGGCUGUGGGUGGCACUGCUGGUAAGUGUGUAUGUCUGUGUGUGGCAGUAAAUGAAAUGUGUCUGCCAUUUGUAUGUUUGAGUGUUCUGUCUGAACAUAUUGUCUAAACAUAGUGAACAGCAGGUGGCGGUCUGUAGUCCUCAUGUGGGGGUCUGCUUCAAACUGCUGUACUACGGUGGUGCCGAGGUAAUGGUCACCAUUAUGUCUGAAUCACCAGUAUUACCCAGCAGACCUCUGGAGCUCUGCAUCCUUCUUGAUGGUAAUUUUUUCCUGGAAUCAAGCUGGAACCUAGACUAGACCAUUGAUUCAGACCCUAGCCCUGUUCCAGAUGCUCCUGUUAACCCCGUCCAUGUCUGCAGGACAUGUACACACACAAGGAGGUGCACUCACAAACAAGGAAUUUCCCCCAAACAACCCUCAUCAGCAACACCCGUGCCUCAGGAUGGCCCAUUUCCCAGCAAUCCUUUAGUGUGUGUCCGCACGUGUGUGUGUGUGUCUGCAUGUGUCCAGGAUUUCCGUUAGCCGGUAAAUGCCGGCUUUUGCCCACAAACUGUUAGGGCCUACAUAAAGCUGUCCCAACAGCAGAGCUUUCUUUUCAGCACCAUGGAGUGAAUCCUUACCACCGCUAUACCUGGCUAUCAGCAGAGCCUUGUCUGGUAGCGAAACAGUUAAUUCAGCCUCAUUUACUGCCUGAUAUGGCUGACUUGCCUAAACAAAUGUGGUUUCUACUGACAAUUGAGAUGUACAAACUUUGGCAUAAAGGAACAAUGAGCGCAUAAGAGGCAAUCCGUAAUUUCGAUUAAGACAUUAAUGAGCGAGUUAAGACGGACAUAGUCAAUAUAACUAUUUGUUUAGCACUUUUGAAAUGUACAGUGACAGAAUUCAGAACAUGGGCCGUUCUUAUAGUGUUCUCCCUGUACACCAAGUCAGAACCGUAGGAUAAAUAAAGGGGUAUAUAAACAGACCAUGAAAGCUCUUACAAUAUUUGAUGAUUACAUUUCUUUAUAACAGGCGAGAGGCUACAUGUGUAUCACCAAGUCAGACCAUUAGGCUAAGUUAUGAGGGGGAAAGGGACCAAAUUAUUAGGGUGAGGCACAUGGGCUACUAACAGCUUACUACACAUUUUACAUUUUAGUCAUUUAGCAGACGCUCUUAUCCAUAGCGACUUACAGUUAGUGAGUGCAUAAAAACAUUUCAUACUGGUCCUCCAUGGGAAUCGAACCCACAACCCUGGCGUUGCAAGCGCCAUGCUCUACCAACUGAGCUACACGGGACUACACAACAUACACUUAGUAUUACUUUCUUAGCUACAGUAUACAUAUCUCCCUGGCAUAUUACAUCAUUUACGCAGCAGCAUACAAUACAUUUUUGGACUCACCUUGUUGUGCUCUGCUCACUUGAACAGGAAGGUGACGCGACGGUCCUUCUUAUGGGAAAAUUUUGUCACCAAACUUUGUCAUCAAAGUCUGGCUUUCUCUGGAUUUAUGGUGCUUUCAAGACAACUGGGUAAUCUGGAAAAAAAACAAGUUCGAAUCAUGACGUCAGUGAUCUUCAGGUCGGAGCUCUAGAAAGAGGCCAGAGUUCCCGACUUGGAAUUCCAAGUUGGAUGACCGUUGAAAAUAUAUUUUCUCAGUUGGAGCUAGUUUUUUUCAGAGUUCCCAGUUGUCUUGAACUCACUGAAGUCAUGCUGGAUUGACAGCAUGGCCAAUGUAUUCAACCUUUUCUGGCCCAUGGUGUUGCAUGUGAAUGUUUAUGCUUUUAAGCUUGGAAAAGAGAGCCAUAAACCCAGACUUGGAACACACACCCUCUCCAAUGAAUAGCAGGCUAGUGAUUGCUUUGCAACGCUUGCAGUUAGCCACUUAUUCAUUCCAAACCACUCAUUGUUGAAUUUGCGAUUUCCAACUUGUGUAAUGUUUAUGUCCAAUGGCCGAUGAGCACCAAUACGUUUUAUCUGUAAUUUCUCUUUAUAUGACAAGGAUUGAAAAGGAUUUGCCAGUAGAUUGUCGACUUGAUUCAUGAUUGCUAGCUAAGAUUUUGAAAGUAUGAUGUUGGCAUGCUCAGUCCAAUCAGAGCUACGGUAGAUAUAACGUGAUUUGACGUCAUUUUAUCGGUGGUCAAUGACCUUGAGCCUUCUUGGAUGGGCACUUCUAAUGUAAAUCUAUGGCAGCACCCAAGGGGCUUGAAUUUUCGAGCUCUCCCUGUAGAUUUUGCAGCGACGUAGUGUCCCCAUGAGUGACAGAACACUGCGCCAAUCACGGCGCAACUUGAGAACGUUACCAACCUCUACGCUCUGUAUUUUCCACUGGCUGCCCCACCUCCACAGAAAGCACUGAGCUAGGCUGAAACACCUGCAUUUUGGAGCUGCCUUACUCAAGGAAGCAAAGAGUUUGUAUGCGGCUUUAUUAACCCAACACUUUUUUUUUAACAUUGUUUGCAAACUGAUAUGUGACACGUAUUAAUGUCAAAAUAACAUGCAAAACAUAUAUAUUUUUUGUGUUUAUUUAUUUUAGCUAAACAAGUGGGGCUCAAAACUGAAUGACGGGUCGCCACUGGUAUCAUGCGCAAUUGGUUCAUUUCAGUUGUGCUUGGAAACGAAACAUUGUUGCCAACUAUUCAAAUCGGAGAGUUGCAAUCACUAGGCAGCCAACUGCCUAUUAGUAUGAAACAUAGUUGUUAUCAAUAAGCCAUGUAUAUCAGACAUGACACGAGCCACGACCCCACUAUAGUUAGAAUUACAAUAAAAAUAAACAUAACAUUUAUUAAUAUCAUCCAGUAGAACUGUAAAAAGAGUGAGAUAAACUUUGAGCUUUGGAAACGUGCUUUCAUAAAUGCAUGGUGCGGGCUUCGUUUCACAGGAGCAUUGUAAAAUAAGCUUUCGCUCAAUGAACCAGCCUUAACUCAUUUUGUUUAUUUACAAAUCGAAUUUGAUUGUCCAACAUCAGUUUUUUAAUUUCUUCAUUUUGUGGUCGCCUAGUGUCCUGUUUCCACUACUGUGCUUUUGAAUCGCAACGGGAAUGGACAGUGGAGCGGGCCGGCCCGGUCAUGGCUAGAAGGGAUCUAGUUUUUGUCAAAUUAAUGUCAAAAGUAAAAACAUUUUGCGUUUUAGCUAACCCUAACCCUUUUUCUAACCUUAACCUAAUUAUCUUAACCUGCUACGUUAAUUAUCCUAACCUACUGCGUAAGUUCUCCUAACCUGACAACAAAAAGUCAAAUCUGACAAAAUCUGGAUCCCUUCUAGUCAUGACCGGCCAGCCCUGGUGCUUGUAGACAGCCAUGUUUUGUUAUUUAUUAGGCCUAAUUAAAAUGUUAAUGUCUAGGCUAAAUUAAAUUGGAGAGGCCUAGAUUGUAUUUGAAAACAGCUGUGUUUUGUUAUUUAUUAAUACAAAAAUUAAUACAAAUAGCCUAUAGGACAGGUCGUUUGCAAAUUAUAUUAUACAAAUAUGAUAUUUUGAAGUUGUUUUAUUACUGUGGAGACGACUUGUUCUUCUAGGCUAAAUGUUUUUUUAUAUAUUUUUUUAUUAUAUUCAUUAAUGAUUUAUAGCAGGGAUGAAGACGCAACGGGAAAUGUUUUGCUUUUCAGUAAAACCUGUCAUGUUGGUAUAAGAACAUCUCUACUUUAUUUUAUUACAACUUUACAGGCUAAUUUCUAUUCUGUUAAAAUGAAUUACAAUAAUCUAAAUGUGAUUUUGAGCACCGUGGGUGGACGCCCUAAUGUGUUACGCACCCAAUGAUUAUGGAUGUCCGGUAAAUUUCUCCCCCCUCGGUCACAUUGUCCGCUGCCAAAUGUUCCUAGUGGAAACCCUGCUGUGUGUGUAUCUUUGUGUGUGUGUGUGUUGAUUGGUUCUCAUCCUCUCUGCCCCCCAGGGUUGGGUAUUGCUAGGAAGAUCCAGAUCACCGACCUCCCCCAGCUGGUAGCUGCCUUCCACAGCCUGGUGGGUCUGGCUGCAGUGCUCACCUGUGUGGCAGAGUACAUGAUCGAGUACCCUCACUUUGCUACCGACCCGUCUGCCAACCUCACCAAGAUCAUCGCCUACCUGGGCACCUUCAUCGGAGGGGUCACCUUUAGUGGAUCACUGGUGGCUUAUGGGAAACUGCAAGGUGAGGAAGGGCGAUUGGGCAGAUACAUUACAUUUAAAUUCUAUGCUAUUGGAGAGGUUGAAGCGGGAUGGUGUUUUGUUGGGAGCUGCUAGUGAAGAUUUAGGCAGGCCUAAGCCAAGCACGCGAUGAGUUAAGGUUCCAAUUUGACCUAAGUUUCCUGUCAGCAAAUGAGGCAGUUAAAUUAUACUUAUAUUUCUCAUACAUAUUCAACAUCAUGGUUCAUUGAUUUGAUUCAUUUGUCUAUAGAUGUUAUUAUUCAUAUAUAUUACACACAGACAUUUUACUGAGUUUUUAGGAAUUUGCUGCUCUUGGGCACCACAUCUUAUCCCAGGCAGCUGGGGUUUGAUCCAGUACUACUAGUAAUAGACCAAUAACGGUCUGGGUCCUUCUGGUUGAUACCUGAGGGUCUGUAACCCACUCUGCAUCCCCCCCCCCCCCCCCCCCCUCAGUCCCCUGGCCCGGCUGUGCCACCCAGGCCCCCUUGCUCAAAGCUAGGCCAGGCGGAACCUCUCUGUUUGGCACUAAUUAGCCCCUCCGCCCCCAGUCAUUUUCCACUUGUUCCCGAAAGCUGGAACGCAUUAUCCCAGGGAGCAUUCCCACUCCACAGUCCCACUGGAACCUGGAAAACCUGCUCUGAUAAAAUAUUAAAAGUGCCCAUUUCAUGCUAUACUUUUGGAAGGCAUUCAAAACAAGAAGUGUGCAAGCUUUGUUAAUUUGAUUGUCAACAUGCAUUUAGUUUCAAAUCAGCGUGAAACAGCCUCAGCUGCACACACAUUUUAGUCUCUGAAAUCAAAAUCUAUUUCAAAACGCUAACUUUGUUUCUCUGCUAUAUUUGUACCUGCCUGCCCAGGGUUGAAUCAGUUCUAGGAUAAAAAGGCAACUCCCUUUUUAGUCCAUACAGUAUGUGUCUGAAUACUCGUAAACGAAGUCCAUAAUAAAUGAGAUGGACAGCACAUAGUGAAAUCCUGACAUGCAUUUAGCUCUAUAUGUCCAUGCCUACAGUGUUUUUCCUCCUCCUCUCUCCAGGUGUGCUGAGCUCUGCCCCCCUCCAUCUUCCCGGGCGCCAUGCUAUGAAUGCUGGGCUAAUGGCCUCCAGUGUGGGCCUGAUGAUCCCCUACAUGCUGGACCCCAGCUACACCACAGGCGUCACCUGCCUGGGCUCUGUGUCCGCACUCUCCGCCGUCAUGGUACGACCUACACGCCGUCUCUGCCCUAAGUAUAGAAAUAGAAUGACUGGAAUGGACAUCCCCCAUUCAAAUGAAUGUUUAAAAUCGAGUGUGCAGUGAAAUGAUUGUGGUCUGAGGGCAUUUCCUGUUCUAUUAAUUCUAUAUCUAUGGCCCGGCUAAUAUCCACCAACCUGGAUUGACCAGUGCUAAAGAAAGGCCUUUGAACUGAACCUUAGAAAUGGGAUGGAAGUCUUACCUAUUUGUGCCAUUGGGAUCCUGUGCUUUAGCCCAUUUAAGGUAGGCUUAGGUUCAUUCAGCAAUCCUUCAAUAAAACAUGCUCUCCUCACGAGCCUGCUCAACUGUUGGCCCUGAAGGAGAGUUUUCAUUGGAAGCAUUACACACAGGAUCAAUCCAUAAUAUGAUGAUAGAUGGAAGGUUAACUAAGAUGAUCAGGUUUUGAAGCAGCGCUGAGAGAAGGUGGUUCUGGUUAAAACUGUUGUGAAUGUUGGCUGCUCAGGCCUCUGUGUGGUUUGUCAGUAACAAGGACAUUUUGAUGUUGGAUAAAUCAGUGGAUAUUCAUUUUUACGUAUACAAUAUCGCAUCGCUCUGACUGAUAUUAAGGUGUAGCUAAACAAUCACCUGUGCCUGAGCUCGAAGGUCUUUGAAAGGAAAUCUGAUACUGUUCAAGUCUUGCCCUCAGUUUGUUUGAUGGAGUGGAUCAUUACAUAAUGUGAGGUAGCUGGCUCUGGUUAGAGCCGUUCCCUGAGGUAGGUAUCUUGGAGAGUAACACUAGGAUGAUAUCAUAGAGAGCCCUUGAAAUGAAAACUCCUUGUUUCGACAAACGCCUUAUGAGUGGACUGAGGCCCACUGCAAUCUGAUAGGGGUUAAAUACACAACAUUUCAACUACACAAUCAGAUUUCUCUAUUUGCCAUUCAAUAGUACAGGGUGUCUGUUUAUGCCAAAGUGCUUCAGGAAAUUGCUUACAUUUAUAUAGGCCAGGCCUACUACUCACAUGUGAAACAUGAUCUUUGCAUACCUUCUUUUGAAUGGGCAAUAUAUUGAAUUUAGCAACACAUUAAUGAAAUGACGAGUUGAUGUCUUGCUUUAUUAACCCCACUGCCAUAGGGCUUGACUCUGACAGCAGCCAUCGGUGGUGCAGACAUGCCGGUAGUCAUCACGGUGCUCAACAGCUACUCCGGCUGGGCCCUGUGUGCCGAGGGCUUCCUGCUCAACAACAACCUGCUCACCAUCGUAGGGGCCCUCAUCGGCUCCUCAGGGGCCAUUCUCUCCUACAUAAUGUGUGUGGUAAGUAAGCAUCCUCUGUCCGUUAGUCUGUAUUUUAGAAGUGUCACACAUCCUAUAGAAUGAUUCAAGUAUAGAGGCUAUCAUCCUUCCUUCUGUCUGUAUGUAGGAAGUGUCACACAUCAGACAGUGAGGUAAAUAGGCAGCAUCAGGCCAUGACUGUACAGGUAAACCUUGAAGAUGCUGAAAUAUGCAAGAGGCAUUUUCUGUGCUUCCACUGUUUUCCACUAGGAGGAACUCUAAGUGUACUUAAAUGCCUUCCUGGCUGCAUCGACUGCCUGAAGGAAACUGGGUUCAUUGAAACUGCAGUUGACUCAAAAGAAAUGAGCAGAUUUUUAUCCUUUCCACCCCCCUUCCCCUCUCCUCUCUCCCACUGGCUAGGCCAUGAACCGUUCCCUGGCCAAUGUGAUCCUGGGUGGGUAUGGUACAUCAUCCACUGGAUCAGGCAAGCCCAUGGAGAUCGUAGGAACACACACGGAGGUCAACGUGGACCAAACUGUCGAAAUGAUCAAAGACGCUCAAAACAUCAUCAUCACUCCA